AUGACAUCAACUGGGUAUAAAAGAUCACAGCAGCAAAAUGUGAUUGUGAAUCCACAGCCACCAGAAUAUUAUAACCCAAAGAAACCUAGCCGAAUGACAAAUCAGCUACAGUAUUUGGAAAAGGUGGUGGUUAAAGCUCUUUGGAAGCACCAUUUUGCCUGGCCAUUCCAACAACCUGUUGAUGCUGUGAAGCUGAACUUGCCUGAUUACUAUCAGAUUACAAAGAACCCAAUGGAUUUGGGUACCAUCAAAAAACGCUUGGAAAAUAAAUAUUACUGUAAAGCUAUGGAGUGUAUAGAGGACAUAAAUACAAUGUUUACUAACUGCUAUGUAUAUAAUCGGCCAGGGGAUGACAUAGUUGUAAUGGCACAAACCUUGGAGAAGCUUUUUCUACAGAAGGUGUCACAAAUGCCACAAGAAGAAAUAGAGCUUCCUGUGGCUAACAAAAGAGGAGGGAAUGGCAAAGGAAGGAAAGGAUCAGUGCCAGCAGUGUCCUCAAUUGCACAAUCAAAAUUAUGUCCACCCACAUCUGUAGCUGGAAGUCAGAAACCAGUGGUUGCACUACCACCUCAGUCACGAAUACCAUUGUUGUCAGCCACUACACACACUCCUCUAACACCAACAGGACAGUCUGUUAUGAAAGCAAAGAAAGGUAUUAAAAGGAAGGCAGACACUACUACACCCACUACUUCAGUUCCUACGUUAAGUAGUGGGUCCUCACCAAUCCUCUCAGAGCGCAAACCUACAAAAACCUGCUCCCCAGAGAAAAGCAGUCAAUUAAGUAAGCCACCCACAAAAGAUCUACCAGAUUCUCAACAGCAUCCAACUGGGAAAAAAGACAAGUUGACAACAAAUUUGCAACUUUGCAAUGAUAUUCUCAAAGAAAUGUUUGCAAAGAAGCAUGCAGCAUAUGCGUGGCCUUUCUAUGAGCCAGUGGAUGCUGAAGCAUUGGGACUUCAUGAUUAUCAUGAUAUUAUUAAGCACCCCAUGGACCUCAGUUCUGUGAAAAGAAAAAUGAACAACCAAGAAUACAGAAGUAGCCAGGAAUUUGCUGCAGAUGUGAGAUUAAUGUUUUUCAACUGCUACAAGUAUAAUCCUCCAGACCAUGAAGUAGUAGCUAUGGGAAGAAAACUUCAGGAUGUUUUUGAGAUGCAAUAUGCACAAAUAUCUGAGCCUGUUAAAGCUCCACCAUCGGCACAAUCCACAACUCAUUUUACUGAAUCAUCAAGUGAAGAUAGUGACAGUUACUCUGCUGAAAGUAGCUCCGACAGCUUAAUGAAAGAACAGAAGGAUCGCCUUGCUCAGCUUCAAGAUCAGUUGAAAGCCGUGCAUGAUCAGCUCAAAGCGUUAACUCGAGCUCCACUGUCUAGACUGAAGAAAAAGAAGAAAGUCAAAAAGGAAAGGAGGAGAAAAAAUAAGAAAUUUAAGAAAAACUGUGAAAGGAAGAAAACUAAAUCCAAGCAAUUGCAGAAAAAGAAAUACAAGAAAAGCUCUGAGGAAAGAAGAACAUCAAAGAAAAUUAAGCAGCAUAUGCCAGUGUGUGAAUCAGAAGAUGAUGCUAAGCCAAUGUCUUAUGAUGAAAAGAGACGAUUAAGUCUUGAUAUAAACAAGCUUCCUGGUGACAAAUUGGGGCGCAUCGUUCAUAUAAUACAGGCACGAGAACCGUCCUUAAAGGACUCUAAUCCAGAUGAGAUAGAAAUUGACUUUGAAACUUUAAAGUCCUCUACAUUGAGAGACCUGGAAAGACAUGUUAAUACUUGUCUAAGAAAAAAGCAAAGAAAAACUUUCCCUAAAAAGUCUUCAGGAAAAUCUAAAGAAGAAAUUCAACUGGAGAAAAAGCAAGAGCUGGAAAAAAGAUUACAGGAUGUGAGUGGGCACCUGAACGCUGGAAAAAAACAAAAAAACUCUCAGAAGAAUAAUCCAGCUAUAGAUAUGGGCCAAUGUUCAAGAUUAAGUGAAAGCAGCAGCAGUUCCUCAGACUCUGAAAGUGACAGCAGCAGUAGUGAAUCUAGUUCUUCAGAUAGCAAUGACACUGAAUCAGGUUAG